AAUAAUUUAGCGCCGUCUACAGUAGGAAAAGGUAAACAAAUGCGCCAUGGCAGAAGUAGGGCAGAAAGUUUUCUGAAAAGACGUUGAAAACAGUUGUUGACCAGCGUCUAUUUUCAGGCUUACUCAUCAUCUGAUAAUCGAUUCCUGUUUUAAUUAGUAGCUAAAAAGAAUAGUACUAGAAGUCAUGCCACUUUUCGGAAAAUCGAAAAGUAACCCCGAACUAGUUCGUCAUUUGGCUGAAAACCUUCAGGCAUUAAGGAAGGCAGCUGACUCUGAGAAGAAAUUAUCGAAGGCUCAGGAUGAAGUUUCCAGAACACUUCAAAUGAUAAAGAACUAUAUUUGUGGAUCAGGGGAACAAGAACCUCAAGCGGAAAUAGUGGCGCAGUUAUGUCACGAAUUAGAAGCUACUGGUGGACCAGGGGGAAUGUUGAGAAUGAUGGUGGAGAAUCUGCACUCGGUUGACUUUGAAGCUAAAAAGGAUGUUGCGCAGAUCUUUAACAAGUGUUUACGACGUCAGAUAGGUGCCAGGUCUCCUACAGUUGAACAUAUUUGCAGUAAUCCUCAAGUUCUCUUUAUGCUACUUAAAGGCUAUGAGAAUCAAGAAAUAGCCCUAAGUUGCGGUCAAAUGCUUAGAGAAUGUGCAAGGCAUGAAGCCUUAGCGAGAAUUAUACUUUCUUCCGAAGAAUUUUAUAAAUUAUUUAGUUAUGUGGAGAUGUCUACUUUUGACAUAGCCUCUGACGCUUUUUCAACGUUCAAAGAGCUUCUUACACGGUCAAGUUAUAAGAUGUUAAUAGCCGAAUUCUUGGAAAAUAACUACGAGAAAGUGUUCGAAGAGCAUUACCAGAAACUACUCAACUCUGAGAAUUAUGUAACAAAACGACAAGCUUUGAAACUAUUGGGCGAAUUACUGUUGGAUCGGCACAACUUCAGCGUGAUGACGCGCUAUAUAUCAAGCGCAGCUAAUCUGAAAUUAAUGAUGUGCCUUCUACGCGAAAAAUCGCGCAACAUCCAGUUUGAGGCCUUUCACGUCUUUAAAGUUUUCGUAGCCAAUCCGUCGAAACCUAAACCUAUUCUUGACAUUCUCCUCCGCAAUCAGGAGAAACUCGUCGAUUUCUUGAGCAAAUUUCAUACCGACCGUGCAGAUGACGAACAAUUCAACGACGAAAAGGCCUAUUUAAUUAAGCAAAUUAAGGAGCUAAGAGAAUUGAAGCCAGGAGCCGAAGACGAAUGAAGAAAAACACAUUCGCACACAUGCACGAUGUCAUUUUUUUCCUAAUUUUCCUUGUGUAAAACAAAAAACAAAGAAAAAACUUCAGUAAAGUGGACAUCAAAAAAGAAACGUUCUGUUCCUAUCGAUUGAAACAAGAACAAAAAUUUAUUAUUUUUCUCGAGCUUUAAUGGGUUACAUCCAUAAUUAUUUCUUCUAUUGAAUAUAUAUAUAUAUAUAUAUAUAUAUAUAUAUAUAUAUAUA